AUGCACGCCCGCCCGCGCCCUCACCUCUCGAAGCUCCUCCACCUCCAACUCGAGCAUGGAGUCCAACGAGCCUACAAAACGCAAGUCCCUCACCCCCCAGCGCAAGCACCACAACUCCUCAAGGACGGCAACGAAGUCUGGUCCCAAGAAGUAGAACGCAUUUUCGUUGAAGGUCUGCGCAAGUACUGGGAGUCCCCUUGGGCCACCUAUUCCCGCGGCCGCAGUCGCUGGCGCAACCAGUUUAUGGUCGACCAUCUCAAGAAACAUGGCAUCGAGCGGUCCAAGAAGCAGGUCGCGAGUCACAUCCAAGUACUGCGCAACAUGUGGAGAGGCGAGCCAGAGUUUCACCUCGUCGCCGGAGGGGAAGAACUAUUUCAGGAGAACGGCCUUCUCGCAUCGCCUAAGCUCACUGAGGGCACCGCUUCGCCGGAGGCCUCGCCGCCGGCCAACCUCGACUCGCCUGACUGGCGUUCGUCGUGGUCUUCGUCAGCGUCGUCGGCGCCCGACUUCUCUGCCUUUCCGCUGAACUUCGGCGCGUCGACGUCGGCGCAGCGUCUCAGCCCUCCUGCGCACACGAUGGCGGUUCACCACUCCGACCCGGCGUUGCCGUCAUUUGUGUCCGGAACGGACUUCGCUACAGUCACGCCCGCCAGCAUCGCUCGCCCGCGCUCGUCCUCGGUCAACCUCGAGCCGCUCUCACUUGGCCCGGCGCUGUUCAACCUCCCACAGAGCACCUUGCCUGACACGCCCGACUUCACAUUCAUGCCUCAGACAUUGCCCCCACCCAAUCGGCUCUGCAACAUUAACCUCUGGACCGACAGUUCGCCGAUGUGCCUCAUCGACGUCGACAAACUCACGACAUCGGCUUCGACCGCGUCAUCCGCGUCCGGCCAGCGCCCGCCGCCCUUCCGGAUACUGCUCCGUCUGCACCUCAAGUACCCCCCGAACGACGUGCACAGCCCGCUCGCGUUCCAGGGCUUCCACGCGAUGGUCUCAUUCGCGCUGCCCUGGGCGUCCUCGGCAAAAUGCCACACCAAGACGUGGGCAGGCAAGACAUGCACGAGCCACGAGGUCGGUCUGCUCGAGCAAUUGAAUCCCCAGCAGCCGCAGGCGAUGCUGCCCGGCGGCGCCGUCCCGUCGUCCAUGCCCAUCGCGCACCUCCCGCAAUCCGCCCUGAGCCGGUGCAGGUGGCUCGAACCCAUGGUCCAGAGCAUCUCGCAGCAGAUCGUCGUCGACACGGACGUCCUCGCCGUCAUCCUCUACACCAUCGACCGCUCCGCGGGCGCAGCGGACGCGCCCGCGGUCGAGCUUGUUGGGUUCCACAAGUACCCGUGGCGCUCGGCGGCCACCCACAGCCUCUGGCAUCCCCGCCCAUCUCGCCUGUGA